CUUCAACUUUUUUCCCCCCCUCCUUCAUUUUUUUUCCUCCACUAGUGAAGUGCGUGAAUUUCAUACCAAACCCAUACCUUGCAUUCCACCUUUACUGUCAAACCAGGAGAAAUAUUACUGAAAACAAUAAGCGGCUCAGGCAAGAAAUAAGAGUUGAAUUAAUGAUAUUUCGUCCUUCUGCUGCGCAUCUAGACGCGUUUCCCCGUUUAAAGGACUGCCAAGAAGAGGAAGGACAGGGCGAGCUGUUUGGGAAGACAGUUCCUUCAGACCGAUACCACUACGUUUACGGUCCCAGAAUAGUGUGUGGGCUCGUGGCUGGGCCCGAUCAGAGCCGGCACCAUUGCGUCAAACGAGUGGAGUGCGAACGGGAGCCCUCAGCAGGGGCUGGAAGACGGCGGCGAUGAGCUCGAUAAGACAAUGGACAGUGAUGCAGAGGGUGUAUGGAGCCCUGAUAUUGAGCAGAGUUUCCAGGAGGCACUCGCCAUCUACCCACCCUGCGGCCGUCGCAAGAUCAUCCUCUCCGAUGAGGGAAAGAUGUAUGGCCGUAAUGAACUCAUCGCCAGGUACAUUAAGCUGAGGACAGGAAAAACCCGCACAAGGAAACAGGUCUCUAGUCACAUACAGGUGUUAGCAAGGAAGAAAGUCCGCGAGUUCCAAGCGGGUAUAAAGGUUUCUAGCCAUUUGCAGGUUCUUGCCCGGAGAAAAUCUCGCGAAAUACAGUCAAAGCUGAAGGAUCAAGCAUCCAAAGACAAGGCUCUUCAGAAUAUGGCGUCACUGUCCUCGGCCCAGAUCGUGUCUCCAAAUCUGAUCAAGAGCCAGCUUCCUCCACUGCCCCAGCCGCCCUAUGCACCCCCCCCUCGGUUUUGGCCAUCUCCAAUCCCAGGACAACCUGGAACCUCUCAGGACAUCAAGCCUUUUGUACAUACCUACACAAACCUAUCCGGACCUGUUCCACCUCCUAUAUCAGCGUACGAGCCUUUGGCACCCCCUCUGCCCCCAGCAGCCACCGCAGUGCCCGUUUGGCAGGACCGCACCAUUGCCUCCUCCAAGCUGCGCAUGCUUGAGUACUCCGCCUUCAUGGAGGUUCCCAGAGACCAGGACACUUACAGCAAACAUUUGUUUGUACACAUCGGUCAGACCAACCCAUCAUACAGCGAUCCCCUGUUAGAGGCAGUGGACAUCCGGCAGAUCUACGACAAAUUCCCAGAGAAGAAGGGAGGGCUGAAAGAGCUGUAUGAAAAGGGCCCACAAAAUGCCUUUUUCCUUGUCAAAUUCUGGGCGGAUCUGAAUAGCAGCGAUAUGCAGGAUGGGCCUGGAUCUUUCUACGGCGUCAGCAGCCAGUACUGCAGCACUGAGAAUAUGACCAUCACCGUCUCCACAAAAGUCUGCUCAUUUGGCAAGCAGGUGGUAGAGAAAGUAGAGACAGAGUAUGCAAGAGUGGAAGGAGGAAAGUGUGUGUACAGGAUCCACCGCUCGCCCAUGUGUGAAUAUAUGAUCAACUUCAUCCACAAGCUCAAGCACCUGCCUGAAAAGUACAUGAUGAACAGCGUCUUGGAGAACUUCACCAUUUUACAGGUGGUGACUAACAGGGAAACACAGGAAACUCUGCUUUGCAUAGCAUUUGUAUUUGAAGUGUCGACAAGCGAACACGGGGCACAGUACCACGUCUACCGUCUCAUUAAAGACUAGCCACUCUGCCAGAACGGGUUUUACCAACGGACAUUCUGUCUUUUUGUCCAGACGUCAGAGCAAUACACCAGCAUGUAGCCAAGAGCGGAGGCAUUAUUUGUUUCCUUACUGUUCCGAGUAAAAGUGGAUGGAGGCUCAAAUAGAGGGCCACGCACAAACGGAAAUUAGAAAUGUAGUAUUGCUCUGUUAAAGGACAGUGUUUUUUUUUUUUUUUAUACAUAUUUAAAUGCCUUAAAAACAAAGUGGGUCUCACAGGUUUUAUUGCAUACAAAUUCUAAAUGUUUUUUUUUUUUUUUUUUUGCUCUUUCUGUUUUACUGAGGGACUAUGAAUGUUGAAAAUGUUGGCAGGAGGGUGAGGUUUUUGCAUUGGAAGACAAUGUGUGUCCUUAGUGCACAGUGCAUAUUAGAAGUAAGGACAAGGGCUCACAAAAUCAAUUUUUUUCAAUAGGACAGGUCUGAUGAAAAGAUACUGCUACUGUUUCUCCUACAUGGGAACAAUAUUGAGCAAUAAAUUGAACUUUGACAUUAAGUAGGAAGAGCUAUGGCCAUUUUGUCUUUUAAGUAAAGGACAAACAGUUUCAUAUAUAGUGAGCAAUCUUAACAGGCAACACAUUUGUUCCUGCACAUUUAGAGAGUGAGAAACACUGCGACACAUUUACAUUGGCCUGUCCUUUAUGUAACAAGGAGGUGUCAGAAGUAAGAAGGUUUACACGCCUACUGUACAAGUCAGUGAAAAUUGCAAGUGCCUCUGUCCAAAGAACUCAGUGUGGGUGACAUUCUGAAGUGCCUUUUGACUACCUCUUGACAUAAAUCAAUACAAAUAUUCGCUUGUGUUUUGAUACUAAAGCAUGAUUGAGCGUUUAAGCCUUUUAAUCAAAUUUCAGUUCAGUUUGUUUAUUUGUUACUUGUAACGAGUACAUUGAAGCACGAGUAAGCAUUCGAAUGGCCUUGUUACAAAUGGAUAAUGGCACAUUGUACUAAAGAGAGGUUAACUAAGUGGAUACGUUCAGCAUGUAGAUGUGUUUCGCGUUAAAUUAUCUUCUAAUACAAAGAAGAUGGCUUAACUGUGUCUACCUAUGGGUAAUUUUGUGAUGGUAGUGGUACUUUACCCCUGAUUCAAAUGUUUUUGUUUUGUUGUUUUUGACAAUGGAAAGUCCUGCCUUUUGUUAUUGUGUUCUCUGGUGCUUUUGGAUCCUUAGAGGAGAUUCAUCAUUAUAAAACUGUGCCUACUAUGAGAUUGGCUUCUCACUGACUUUAAACUGCUAAAUGUAUUUUAAUCAGAAAUAAUAAUUUUUUUAAUGAAAAAUUGACAAGUGGUUUCAUCCUUGCCAUGUCAUUUUACCCUUAGUCUACUUGGUACUUUAUUAAUAUUAGGGUACUAUAUUGUCUGGCCCUUAUAAAAUAUUAAUUAAGUCUGGAAAAUAUCAUACUGUGUUUAAACUGAAGUGUCACAAAAUGUUCACUAUUUGUCUCCCAGUAUAAACUCCUGCUUUCACUGCAACAGAAGAGGGGCAAAACAAUCAAAUAUACAGUUGCAGGGCUUUCUUGUGCUGACAGUAUUUGUUGAUUCAUUUAAUUCCUUGUGAAGGGGUUUGCAUAAGCUUUAAUUGAAUUUACUGAAGAUUGAUUGAAUGAUUUUUAGAAAUGAAAUUUGUCCAGAAAUCCAUUCAUCGAUGCUAUUUAUGUUAAAAGGUACUUCAUGGUAAAUGGACUGUGACAGGCUUAAGCUGUCAUUGGAUUGGUACACUCUAAGCAUAUAAAUGGUGGUGUCUGUGAACUUUGAUGACCGCUUCCUCAAUUGUACUUAUUUUUUACAGGCUCCUGGUUUUUUGUUUUGUUUUUUUUUUUUUGUUUUUUUUUUUUAUUAUUAUUAUUAAUUUUAUGUUUGCUCUUUGACUUUCAGUUGAUGCUGUUUGCAUCAAUUGAAAAUUGUGUGUUACUGUUGAGAUUUUAUAUAAUAAUCUAAAUGGUGUUGGAGUUUUCUCCCCCCCCCCCCCCCCCCAUCAUUACCCAGUAACGGUUCACUGUGACCUUGGUUACCAAAUGUGCAUUGAAGUCAUUUAUGUUAUAUACAAUGUGAGGGUUUUGUACAAUAUUAUCUAAACAACAGUACCAAUACAGCAAUACCAAUAAAAAUGGCUUGGUUCCCCUUGGGACAUUUGUGUGAUGAAAUAAUGACUUGAUAAACCUGUAUUUUCCUACUCAAAACACUUGUCUCUGCUGUAGCCUCAAAUUCAACUAUUUUUGCAACAAUAGUCAGUGAGUAGUUCUAAUGCAACGUAGUAGUUCUAAGCCUAUAUUCACUCAUCCUUAGUAUUAUGAAGUGGGCUUUUAUUAGACAUCUGACUGACUAAUUGACAGCUGUGAUAGCUAAAUGGCUAAAAUAAUAAACCUGUCACACUGUACAAACUUUACGAGAUGUCCGUUUCCUAUAAAAAAAAAAUGUAUGAAAGUAUACAAUUUUAGUCAACCUUCUAAGCAACAUUUGGUAUUUUUAUUAGACUUUUCUGACCUCUGACAGUCUCAACCUAGUUUGAACAGUAGGGUACAGUAUGCAACCAUGAUUCUACAAUUAAGCAGAGGACUGCCAGUACUGAAAGUUUUCUUCUUGGAACUAGUAGAGUUUUCUUGCUGUUUGUAUUAAUAACAAAGUGUGUAGCCUAUAAAAGGCCCCUCACUAUGUCACACUAUACUCUGCUCAUUCUGGUCCAUCUGAGAGAUGCAGAUGGCCUGGCUGUCCUCUUUGUAGUCAUAGAAUCAUGGCAAGUUGGGACAGUAUGGAAAAUGCUAAUAAAAACUAAGAGGAGUGAUUUGUAAAUGUACCUUGACUUGUAUUGAAACAAAAAACGUAUAAAGACAAGGUAUUUCAUGUUUUAUCUAAUCAACAGCAUAGUUUUUUGAAGGUAAAGGUUUAUUUUGAAAUUGAUGCAUGCAACACGUUCCAAAAAAGUUGGGACAGGGGAAUUUGGGACUAAUUGCAUGUGGGACAAGUUGGAAUAAGAAGGUGAUGUGAAACAGGUGAGGCAAUCAUCUAAUCAUAUUAUAUAAGGAGCCUCUAAAAAAGGCCUAGUCCUUCAAGAGCAAGGAUGGGUCGAGGCUCGGCAAUCUGCCAACAGAUGCAUCAGAGAAUAAUCCAACACUUUGAGAACAACAUUCCCCAAAGACAAAUCAAUAGGAUUUGGGGCAUUUCAACUUCUAUAGUGCACAAUGUAAAUAAAAGAUUCAAGGAAUCCGGUCAAAUAUCAGUGCGUAAAGGGCAAGGCCAAAAACCACUUCUGAAUGUAUGUGUGAUCUCCGAUCCCUCAGAUCCCUUGCAUUCACAGAUGCAAGUUAAAACUUUGCUAUGCAAAGCAGAAGCCAUACAUCAACACUGUGCAGAAGUACCACCGACUUCUCUGGGCUCGGUCCCAUCUGUGAUGGACAGUAGCACAGUGGAAUCGUGUUUUGUGGUCCAAAGAGUCGACAUUUCAAAUAGUUUUUGGACAAAACAGCCGUCGUGUUCUCUAGGCCAAAGAGGAAAAGGAUCCCCCAAGCUGUUAUCAGCGUCAGAUCCAAAAGCCAGUGUCUGUCAUGGUAUGUGGCCGUGUCAGUGCCCAUGGCAUGGGUAACUUGCACAUCUGUGAGGGCAUCAUUAAUGCAGAAAGAUCUGUACACAUUUUGGAGCAACAUAUGCUGCCAUCCAGAGCAGGACAACGCCAAACCACAUUCUGCCUGGAUUACAAGCCCAUGGUUGCAUAAGCAGAGAGUGCGGGUGCUAGCAUGGCCUGCCUGCUGUCCUGACCUGUCUCUGAUUGAGAAUGUGUGGUGCAUUAUGAAGCUGAAAAUAAGGCAAGGAAGACCCUGUACAUUUGUGCAGCUGAAGAAAUGCAUAAUGGAUGAAUGGGGGAAAAUUCCACUUGCUAAACUUAACCAGCUGGUGUCUUCAGCGCCCACACGCUUAAUAAGUGUUAUUAAAAGAAAAGAUGAUGUUACACAGUGUUAAACAGUCGACUGCCCCAAACUUUUUGCGGUGUGUUGCAGUCAUCAGAUUUGAAAU